AUGAUGCUCACUGUUGAUGGUUCGUUCAAUUCACCCUGUUAUGGGAUGGAAGCCUCGGCCUCGUAUGACUACUUUUCUGUCAGUUCAACGGCUCUUUGCGCUUCGUGUUCCCCAUGUUCAAACGGUCAGAUGUUCGACGAUUUAUUCACCAAUAAUCGGACGAAAAUGUGGGCCAGUCGUCUGAUCCAGCUCUGUGAUGCUUUCGAUCAGGAGUUCUUUCAGCCCUCCUCCUCCACAUCGUCGUGGGCCUCGUUUAUUUGGCGCUUCUUCAUCUAG